AUGAUUUUCACGCUUUUCCUUUGGACCGCAGAGGUGUACAAGCUCCUCCGGCAGUUCGGAGGGUACUUGUGGCGCCUCGGGCUGCUCCGGUUUGGCUUAGCCUUUGUGACCACGGUGGUCAUCGGCCCGGCCCUCCUGCCACGGAUUGAGCACCUCGAGGCCUUAGGCCUUGGGCCCCUGGAGCUGCAGCAGCUAGUGAGCUAG